GAUCCAAUAGAACCUCUAAAGGAAGAAGUCUUAUUGGGAAGCAUAAUAAGCCCCCUUCAGUCACUGGAAAAGGAGUUACAGUGGAACCAGACUUCUCUGUGGAUGAGUUUUCCACGUCCCUCCUCACUGGAAAGCUCACUACUGUCUUUCUUCCAAUUGUCUUCACAACUGUAUUUGUGGUUGGUUUACCAAGUAAUGGCAUAGCCCUAUGGGUCUUUCUCUUCCGAACAAAGAAGAAGCACCCUGCUGUGAUUUACAUGGCUAAUCUGGCUGUGGCAGACCUCCUCUCUGUUAUUUGGUUUCCCCUGAAGAUUGCCUACCACAUACAUGGCAACAACUGGAUCUAUGGGGAAUCUCUUUGCAAGGUGCUCAUUGGCUUUUUCUAUGGCAAUAUGUACUGUUCCAUUCUCUUCAUGACCUGCCUCAGCGUGCAAAGGUAUUGGGUUAUCGUGAACCCCAUGGUACACACCAGGAAGAGUGCAAACAUUGCUAUUGGUGUCUCCCUGGGAAUAUGGCUGCUGAUAUUGCUGGUCACUAUUCCCUUGUAUGUCAUGAAGCAGACCAUCUACAUUCCAGCCCUUAACAUCACGACCUGUCAUGAUGUUUUGCCGGAGGAGGUGUUGGUGGGGGACAUGUUCAAUUACUUCCUCUCUCUAGCCAUUGGAGUCUUUAUGUUCCCAGCCUUCCUCACAGCCUCUGCCUAUGUGCUCAUGAUCAGAACGCUCCAAUCUUCUGCCAUGGAUGAACACUCGGAAAAGAAAAGGAAGAGGGCCAUCAAACUCAUUGUCACUGUCCUGGCCAUGUACUUGAUCUGCUUCACUCCCAGUAACCUUCUGCUCGUGGUGCAUUAUUUCCUGAUUAAAAGCCAAGGCCAGAGCCAUGUCUAUGCGCUGUACAUUGUAGCCCUCUGCCUGUCCACCCUCAACAGCUGCAUUGACCCUUUUGUCUAUUACUUUGUUUCACAAGAUUUCAGGGAUCAUGUGAAGAAUGCUCUCCUUUGUCGGAGUGUCCGAACUGUGAAGCGAAUGCAAGUAUCCCUCACCUCCAAGAAAUUCUCCAGGAAAUCCAGCUCUUAUUCUUCAAGUUCAACAAGUGUUAAAAUUUCCUAUUGA